AUGAUUUAUGACCUUCCAUCUAACUUCUAUGAUACGCUUGAUCAGAAGUAUCAGGUUGCAGUAGAGAAUGAUGAUAUCAAGUUUAAUGGGGGAUCGGCUAUUAACAACCUCGAGCAACAAAAGGUUGGUAAUUCCACAUUCAACUAUCAGAUAACCUUGCUUAGUUCACUUAUGCAUAGACCUGAAAAGGGGUCUAAAGAGGCCAAUCCUUUCGAGAAACCUGAGAAAGAGUUAACCAUAUUAGACACAUUUGGACCAGAUGACGAGUUCAAGAUUGUGUUCAACAAAUUCCCGGUUGUUCCAAGACACUUCAUGAUGAUUACCAGAGAAUUCAAGUCGCAAGAUACACCAUUAUCUCCUUCGGAGCUAAUUGGGACCUACACUCUCUUGAACAGAGUGAAGAAUGAUUCCAAGGAAAAUUGGUUUGCAUUCUAUAAUUCUGGACCCCAAAGUGGUGCAUCUCAGCCUCACAAACACAUUCAAUUUAUGACCUUACCAGACGGCUUCAAGACAUAUGGAGAGCAAUUGGCCCAAACAUCCGCUCCCUUUAUUCCAAAUCAAAAAAAUGAACCAUUGCAGAAUAAGGACUUACCAUUUGCCCAUUUUGCUGCCCCUCUUCCUCCCAAUGAACUGGACCUUGAACACGAAGACUUAACCAUGUAUUUUGUGUCGUUAUUACAACGUUGUUUAACUGUUCUGAAGCAAAACGGUGCUAAGGAUAUUUCCUACAGUUUUAUCAUGACCACGGACUACAUGAUGCUUGUUCCUAGAUCAAAUGGCGUGUACAAGAACACCAUUGGAGUCAAUUCCUGUGGAUAUGUCGGAUUAUUUUUGUGCAAAAAUAAAGAAACACAGUCCUUAGUCAACAAUGAUGGCCCUUUUACGAUUCUUGAAUCAUGUGGUUUUCCCAAUACAGCUGGGGAGCCUGUUGACGAAUAUCAUUAUUAA